CCACCAGGUCAAGAUGUAGCCUAUGAAAUAAGUCAUCCAACUUACAAUAAUUUAAAAGGGGAAUUUGUAUUUACCAAAUUUCCUACCGAUUAUAAAUCGAUUCUUUAUUGGCCUUUGGAAAUUUGGUUAAAUUAUGAUAAAUUCUACGUAUCCUCUUUUUCAAUUAAACAUGAUGAUUAUUUAAUAAAAAAAGGAAAUAUUAUUCAUUAUAUUGAUGAAUUUUGGAAUAUUAGUGUAGAAUUUUUAGAGAAAGAUUUUAAAUUUAAAAUCAUUGAUUGGAAAGUUAAGGACGAAAAAAUUUUUAAGACUUUAACUAUCUAUUUAAAU